CCCUUAACAAACAACCUCUUUCACCAGUCUAACACAAACCUUACGUUAUAUAUACCCUCACUAUCUGACAUCAAUUCCAAGCACUUUACUACCUAGAAUUUGUUACACUCAUCAUGGCAGAGCUUGAGAGUCCUAAUGUUAUGCCUAAGCUGAUAUCUUUUCUCUCAUCUCUGCUCAAAAGGGUAGCUGAAUCUAAUGAUCUUAACCAGCAACAACUCAUACACCAAAAGGUCUCAGUUUUCCAUGGCUUGACCCGCCCCACCAUCUCAAUUCAAAGCUACCUUGAGAGAAUCUUCAAGUAUGCCAACUGCAGUCCAUCGUGCUUCAUUGUUGCAUAUGUCUAUCUUGAUCGUUUCACUCAAAGGCAACCCUCUUUGCCCAUCAACUCCUUCAAUGUGCACCGGUUACUCAUCACCAGCGUUAUGGUGGCUGCAAAAUUCAUGGAUGACUUGUACUACAACAAUGCUUACUAUGCCAAAGUUGGAGGAAUCACUACAAUAGAGAUGAACUUUCUUGAGGUGGACUUUUUAUUUGGUUUGGGUUUCCAUUUAAAUGUAACCCCUGGCACCUUCCAAGCCUACUGUGCACAUCUACAAAGCGAAAUGCUGCUGAUGCAACCACUGAAUUUUGCAGAUUCUUUCCUAAGUUUAGGAAAAUCUCUAAAUAAGGCACAUUUAUGCUACAAUGAGGAUGAAUCUUCUUCCCAUCAAAAGCAACAACAAUUAGCUGUUUGAUUUCUUGCAUUACCUCAAUGCAUGUAAUCUAGGUGUAGAUGUAGUGAACCUAUUAUAGAUUUGCAAAUUAAAUUAUUUUGCUCGUGCUCUCUUCUUACUUCUUUGUGUCUCUAAUUAGUAAAAAAAAAAAAAGAAUCUAUUUUUCUAUUUCUGAAUACUGGUUAAAUUAUUUGGCAUUGUACAGAACUACAGAUGAUGGUCUCUUCUUUACAGUCUGGCUAGAUGAGUGGUAUUUUUAAUUAGCUCGACUAAUAUAAUAAUUUAUUGUUUC